GCGUCCGCCCAGCUCUGCCUUUGCCUCAACGGCUUUGCGGGCUUGUGUGGCGCCCUCCUCGGUCUGCGGGUUGUGCUUCCGGUGCGAAGGUCAGGAACAAGAUGGCGCCGCCGGUGCAGGUCUCUCCGCUCAUCAAGCUCGGCCGCUACUCCUUCUUGUUCCUCGGCAUGGCCUACGGAGCCACGCGCUACAGUUACCUAAAACCUCGGGCAGAAGAGGAGAGGAGGAUAGCGGCAGAGGAGAAGAAGAAGCAGGAUGAACUGAAACGGAUUGCCAAGGAAUUGGCAGAAGCCCAAGAGGACACCAUACUUAAAUGAGUGACCCUCCCAGCCUCUCUCUGGAGCCGCAGCAGAUGAAUAAAGCUUCCUGGGUUGUACUAUA